UAUAACAUAAAUUAAAAAAUUUAUUCGUCUUUGACAAUUUACCAUAUUCCGUUUGUCACAGUUCAGGCGUCCUAGGGUGGCGAGCCUUCUAUCAAAUAUACCCUUUUCAUAAUCUGUCAACUAUCUCUCUCCAAGUAUCUAACCGCGAUUCCUGAUUUCUCUCUUGUUUUUCUGCUGUAACUUUUCUCUCUCUUCCAGUAUCUUUGCCGUUUCCUGAAAUCUCUCUCCUUGGUCCCCAUUAUUCAUGGAGUCGAAAAUGUUGGUCAUCUCAGUUCAUGAUGGUAAUAGACACACCAAUAAAGCUUAUUUGAAAUAUCUAUCUGGGGCAAACCCGCGCCCAAUUCCUUGCUUUCCGAUUGGAUUUUACCCUAAAAGCGUUUCCAAGCCUCGCUAUGCAAGACUCAAUGGCGGCAAUUUUGUUGUGAGUCUGGAUGAAGAUGGUUCUCUGCGAGAGAAUGAAAUUGCCCUCAAUGAGGACCAGUGCGUGUCUGCCAACACUGCCAUAGGAAAUAUGGUGACUAUUGAAAAAUUUGAAGCUACCAAUGGCAUUGAAAAGAUUGAGGAACUCAAUGUAUGGCUGGAGAUGGAUUGUCCUCAGGGCAGAGAGAUUGAUGCUGAGGUCUUGGCGAAAAAGCUGUUAAAGAAUUUCCAUGACCAGGUGAUGCAUCUAAAUCAAAGAAUACAAUUUAGGUGUGGUGAAUUCCUUGGCAAUUUCACUGUUAAUCGUAUCAUUGCGGCCAGCAAUGGUGCCAUUUCUAGGCAAGGAAUGCUUGACAAGAAGACUAAGAUAGUCUUUGUGAGUGAAAAUCUCAAGAUAUUCAAUCAAGCUCUAGCAUCAAGAAGGAUAUUUCAUAGAAAUAUAAAUUUCACUAACAUAGAGCAAGACUUGAUGGCUCUUGGAGUUGGUGGGAUGGAAAAAAUUUUUAAAGAAAUAUUUGAGAGGGUGUUUUCAAUUCGUAGUCUUGACCCUGAGCUAGCUCGACGAUUAAACAUAGCUCCUAUCAGGGGGAUACUUCUCUAUGGGCCACCUGGGACUGGAAAAACGUUGUUGGUAAAAACAAUUGCAAAAAUUAUUGAUGCCAAGCCACCUAAGGUCAUUGAUGGGCCUCAACUUCUGGCUAGUUUGGUUGGUGAAUCAGAAUCAAAAGUUAGAGAGCUGUUUCGUGAAGCUAGGGAGGAUUUCAAAAAAUAUGGAGAGCAAAGUCCCGUUCAUAUCAUUAUCUUUGAUGAAAUAGAUUCAAUUGCUCCGAAAAGGGGAACAACUCGCAUGGAGAAUGUGACUGACAGGAUAGUUAGCCAAUUGCUAGCCAUGAUUGAUGGCAUGACGGAACUAAAUAAUAUUCUUAUUGUGGGAACAACAAACAGAAUGGAAUUAAUUGAUGAAGCACUCUUGAGACCUGGAAGGCUUGAACUCCACAUUAAAGUAGACCUUCCUGAUGAGGAAGCUCGUUUCAACAUAUUAAAGGUGCAUGCUAAUACUUUGGAGCAAAGGGGUUACUUCCAACCAGAUGUAAACCUUGAAGAGAUAGCUUACAUGACAGAUGGUUGGAGUGGGGCUGAUCUUGCUGGUGUUGUGAGAUCUGCCUUCUCUCAUGCACUUAAUCGCACACGUUCUGAUGAAGGAGUCAUUUGCGAGAGCCAGAUAAGGCUAUACCAAUAUGAUUUUCUCCAUGGUAUCCACAGUAUUCGCUGAGGAUACUGAGCUUAGUUGGUUUGAGUAUAUAAGAUUUUCUCCCACUUUCCUGUUGUGUGUAUUGUAAACUUGUGUUAUAAAUAAAAUGCGUUUGUGUGUUGUAUAGCCUAUAAACUUAUCUCACCGCUCACAGGUUUUUUCAAACAAAAAUGUUGGGGUUUGGAGCUUAAACCAACACAAUUAGUUUCCCAUUGGGAUCUCUGUUUUUCUCUCUUUCCAGAUUGAAGGAUCUUAGUGUAGAAAGUAUAUUGUGCAAUGAUAUUACUUGUAAUAACAUCUGAGAUGAAGUUUUUCAAAAUUAAUGUCAAACAUUUAAGGAUCUUAGUCAUUCAGGUA